CGUUGAAGGCAAGGCGUAUCCAUGUCUCCAGGCAAACGUAACGGCAGACAACCAGACUAUAACGACGUAAAUGCUGAAACAUCGCGAGAUAACGGCAUGGCGAUGUUGCAUCUCACUGAAGGGCUGGUCCCCAAGUUCACUGGUCAAGAUAAGACGUAUCCAGCGGCCAGAUGGGUUCAAGACGUCGAGGACAGCACCGAGCUCUGUGGGUGGACUCCGUUGCAACAGCUGUUGAUGGCGAGACGGUCGUUAGCAGGCACGGCGUUACUGUGGUACCGGGCAGAGCGCAUUUUUAAGACGUGGGACGAGUUUAAAGCCGCUAUCCUCAAGGAGUUCCCUGAUAACAUCGACGCGAAGGCUAUACACGAGCUGAUGAGUUCCAGACAUAAAAAACCAAGUGAAUCGUGUUUAGAGUACUUAUUUACCAUGAAAGAGUUAGGUAAACGAGGGAAAAUGGCAGACUACGUAGCUAUUAAAUACAUAGUAGAAGGAAUCAAGGAUCAAGAGGUGAAUAAGAUAAUGUUAUACGGCGUUACGACAUACAGUGACCUGAAAGAAAAGCUGAAGAUUUAUGAACAAUUGAAAUCAAACAUGGCGAGUUCGAGUUCAAGCCGAGAUACAAGUCGUUCGAAUUCGAAGCAAACAGAGAAAAAUGAGAAGACGCACGGGCGAUUCAUACGUUGCUACAGCUGUGGGGAAAAGAAUCAUUCAUCAGUAGACUGUCCCCACAAGGAGAAGGGCUUAAAAUGCUUCAGAUGCGACGAUUUUGGGCAUAUUUCAUCUCAAUGCAGAACUGCUGUGUCAUCAGCCACUGCAAGUACUUCAUCGUCACACGGGAAGAGUGACGUGAAAUCGGCAACGAGCGGUGAAGGUGGCAGCACUGGGAAGAAAUGGCCGACCGCGACGAAUGGCGCUAAUGUCGCAGCGAAACGUGGUUUUUACGGUUCGACGAGUGAUGGUCACAUCCCUAGUAGCAACGACGUGAUUGGCGAAUCGAGCGCAAUGGCGGCGAAGCAUUGUCUACUAGCUGUCAUGGCCGGCGAGGUAAACAACAUGAAUCGGACGAUUACACCGAAAAAGAAGCCGGUGAAACAAGUUCAUUUGUUCGACAAAGAUGUUAUGGCGUUGAUUGACUCUGGGUGCGAAGUUCUAGUCCAGACAUUGAAAAACGUGUGAACGACCUGGUGGAGUCAUACGUACCGCGUAAGACGAAGGAAGCGCCUGUCAAGUUGAAAAUUGUGCUGAAAGAUGACAUCCCUGUUGCACAACGACCCCGAAGACUGGCUCCAGCGGAACAAGAGGAGGU